AUGUGCUUCCUGCUCGGCGAGACAGAAGUUCUGACAGUAGUAAUGUCAAUUUUUUAAUCUUAAAUAAUCGCGAAAUAAAAGACGAAGGAUCUUAACCGUUCCUUCGCGCGAGACGGUAAAAUGGUAUCGCGAGUUGACCCGUACAAGUGAACAGGCGUAUUCGCUGACACAACGUAACACAGAACGUAUAUAGAACGUAACCUCGCGAUGAGUUAUAACAAGAAAGUGUCGUACUUUUACAACCCGGACGUCGGUAAUUUCCAUUACGGACCCGGGCACCCGAUGAAACCCCACCGGCUCUCCGUCAUCCACAGUUUGGUACUGAAUUACGGCCUGCACAAGAAGAUGCAGAUCUACCGCCCGUACCGGGCCAGCACCCAUGACAUGUGCCGCUUCCAUUCGGACGAGUACGUCGAGUUCUUGCAGCGAGUGACCCCGCAGAAUCUACAAGGAUAUACCAAGUACCUGAGCCAUUUCAACGUAGGCGACGACUGCCCGGUGUUCGAGGGACUGUUCGAUUUCUGCUCGAUGUACACCGGCGCCUCGUUGGAAGGUGCCACCAAGUUGAACAACAACUGCUGCGACAUCGCCGUCAACUGGAGCGGUGGGCUUCAUCACGCGAAGAAGUUUGAGGCCUCCGGCUUUUGUUAUAUCAACGACAUCGUGAUAGCGAUCCUCGAACUGUUGAAGUAUCACGCGCGGGUACUUUACAUAGACAUAGACGUGCAUCACGGGGACGGAGUGCAAGAGGCGUUUUACCUGACCGAUCGGGUGAUGACCGUGUCUUUUCACAAAUAUGGCAACUACUUCUUUCCCGGCACCGGCGACAUGUACGAGAUCGGGGCGGAAAGCGGCAGGUAUUACUCGGUGAACGUCCCAUUGAAGGAAGGCAUCGACGACGCGUCCUACGUCCAAGUGUUCAAGCCGGUGAUAUCGCACGUGAUGGAGUUCUUCCAGCCGACGGCGAUAGUGUUGCAAUGCGGGGCGGAUUCUCUGGCGAACGAUCGUCUCGGCUGCUUCAGCCUCAGCACGAAGGGUCACGGGGAAUGCGUAAAGUUCGUCAGGGAUCUGAACGUACCUCUGCUGACCGUCGGCGGUGGAGGAUACACUUUGAGGAACGUAGCGCGUUGCUGGACCUACGAGACCUCGUUGCUCGUCGACGAACAGAUCAGCAACGAGUUACCGUACACGGAAUAUCUCGAGUACUUCGCUCCGGAUUUCACAUUGCAUCCGGACGUCGUCACCAGGCAGGACAACGCGAACAGCAAGCAAUAUUUGGAAGCUAUCACUAGGCAUGUUUACGAUAACCUGAAGAUGAUCCAACACUCACCGAGCGUACAGAUGCAGGACGUUCCUUGCGACGCUCUCCCCCCGGAGGAGGAUCGUCAACCGGAACCAGAUCCGGACUCCAGACAAAACACACAGGACACGGAUAAGAUGGUCGAGCCGGCCAACGAGUAUUACUCCGGGGAGAAGGACCAGGAUAAGAUGGACGUGACCGAAUCGUGAUAAUGGGCGUAUUCAUCGUUUCCACCGGAAUCAUUGACCAGAAUUAUUUAGGGCUGAGGUGCUCUUUCGCAGGUGUUCGUCGUGUACAUACUACGUCGUUUAUGUAAACUAUCAUUCUUGUGUAAAUAGCGGAUCAUUAAACCCGUUUCUUACUUC